AUGCAGUCUGCGGUCCACUCCGUCACAACUUUGUUUGUGGACACGCCCGUGUGUGGUCUUCUAAAGAUCGUGUGGUGCGUCAUGCUCGUGUUGUGUCUAGACUGCCUCAGGAACGUGUUCAAAUCCGCAGGAGCUUCAUCUGAUGCCAGCAUGGCCAAUGCUCAAAUGUUUGAGGCUUUCGCUGCCAAGGAAGGGGCGCUGGUCCUUGCGCUGAACUUGGCGACGAUGAUGGCCAUCCAAGCAUUGCACAUCACGACUGGGUCUGCGACCUAUCGCUGCCUUGCUGACGUCGUCUGCGAAGGGCAGCAACUUUACAUUUCAUUACCUUUCAUUGCAUUUCAUUGCAUUUCAUUGCAUUGCAUUUCAUUGCAUUUCGUUGCAUUUCAUUGCAUUUCAUUGCAUUGCAUUUCAUUGCAUUUCAUUGCAUUUCAUUGCAUUGCAUUACAUUACAUUACGUUACAUUUCAUUGCAUUUCAUUGCAUUUCAUUGCAUUUCAUUGCAUUUCAUUACAUUUCAGUGCAUUUCAUAACAUUUCAUUGCAUUCACGACAUCGGCAGUUGGGGUCUGUCAAGUUGGUGUUUGGGAUGCGCUGUUUGUUGUAGGCUGUGCUGCCAACGAAGCCCCGAGGCGCUGCGCCAAAUUGGAGCUGGAUCGUGA